UCUAUGUACUUUUUCCUUUUUUCCCCUCCCUUCAUUUUACUGCGAGAACAACGCUUAAGAGACUCAAGAAUACAUUUCUGUUUUGAAGCUGCAGUCUUUCAUUAAGUUUCCAAAGAAGUCAUGGCUCGUACCAAGCAGACUGCCCGUAAGUCUACUGGAGGCAAAGCCCCUCGAAAGCAGCUGGCCACAAAGGCUGCUCGUAAGAGUGCCCCCUCCACUGGUGGUGUGAAGAAGCCCCAUCGCUACAGGCCUGGUACUGUGGCUCUGCGUGAGAUCCGUCGUUAUCAGAAAUCCACUGAGCUGCUGAUCCGCAAGCUGCCCUUCCAGCGCCUGGUGAGGGAAAUCGCCCAGGACUUCAAGACUGAUCUGCGUUUCCAAAGUGCAGCCAUCGGAGCUCUGCAGGAGGCCAGCGAGGCCUACCUGGUGGGUCUGUUUGAGGACACCAACCUGUGCGCCAUCCACGCCAAGCGUGUCACCAUCAUGCCCAAGGACAUCCAGCUGGCACGUCGUAUCCGUGGAGAGCGUGCUUAAAAUGUUUUCCUUCAUCCUCCAUUUUCCAUCACUUUCCUUCCCCUGUUAAUUGUGGUUUGGUUUGAGGCUCUCUCUCUAUAUAUAUGUAUGUUUAUAUACAUAUAUACAUAUAUGUAUCAUGAUUGUGAUAACCGUAAAAUGUGUGAUUAUGUCUUCUUUGGUGCUACUAGUAGCAGUGUUUCCUUAGAGAUAUUGUCAUGUAUGUUUGAAACUUAGGAAUCACAGUUAUGGUCCUCACUUGUUACUAGCUUGCUCACAGGAAUGCCAUGUUAUCUUCAUGAAUAGGGUGUUUUUUGUAAGCCAAGAAUAGUAUGAUAUGAAAUAAGUAUAGGAAGUAAAAGUUAGACAUUUUUACCUUCAGACACAUAGGUUGAUACAGUGGGUCUUUGUUUUAAUUGUCCAUUUUAAUUUGUAAAAGUAGUCAUUUCUCAUUUUUUGCAAUAAUGGUGUAUUUCUACUGUUACUUUUAAGUGUAAAAAACUAAAGUUUGAUUCUGUUGUCAGAACAUUGUGCUAAAAUGACACUGCAUGAUUUGACAGACUACGAGCGGCAUAAAUGUAGCAGAACUUUGUUGAUCAUGUCUUGAUUUUCAGCCAUGUUAUUAUGUCCAUUUAAAUGUUUUUGACUUUUGGUUCCUCUCUCAGGUUAAUAUGUAAACCUAUUUUUUCUACUGUGUUUUGAUUUGUUUUCAGGCAUUUUUUUAAAACAUAUUUGUACCCCAGAAUUCACAUAAAAACAUAAUAAACAGAUUUGUGUGGUUGAAUGGA